AAUUCUAUGACACUACAGUAGAGAAGACAUCAAUUCGAAAUCUGGAGGGUCAGAUGUUCCAAAAAAAGAAAAAUCUGGAGGCCGGCGAGGGAUUAGGAGUUCCGAGGGCAUAGAGUUGAUUUUGAUAUAGAGGAAUAGAGAAAUAAUGAGUGCAAAAAUGGCCGCGGCGGCGUUUCUAUUAGCUUUCUUCGCCAGCCAGCCACUCCUGGCUCGGGCUGACGUUGUCAUGGUCUCGGAGGCAAGACAACUACGAGAAGAGGUAAGAGACAUGUUUUAUCAUGCCUUUGAUGGUUACAUGCAACAUGCUUUUCCACGUGAUGAGCUAAGACCCUUAACUUGUCAAGGGGAAGAUACACUUGGUGGUUAUGCUUUAACUCUUAUUGACUCUUUGGACACAUUGGCCUUACUUGGAGAUCGUGAGCGGUUUGGUUCUGCUGUCGAAUGGAUUGGUGAAAAUGUUCGAUUUGAUAUUAACAAGACAGUUUCUGUGUUUGAGACAACAAUCCGGGUUCUUGGUGGUUUACUCUCUGCUCAUCUUAUUGCAAGUGAUUAUUCUACGAGUGAAGGCGAAGAGCUAAAAUUUUGGCAAUUUGGUUUUGGUGCAAUCUGGAAGUUCAGGGGGAGGGGCGGGGGUGGGGAGGGAGAGCGUUGUAUUAAGAGAAGGUUCUGUUCUUGCUUUGUGAUAAAAUUCCUGAAACAUUCUUUUAAGAAAUUUGCCAAUGAGCUAAUUAAUUCUGUGGUAUAUUUUACAGGAAUUCCAUUUGGAUCGGUCAAUCUUUUACAGGGUGUCGAUGAACAUGAAAGCCAGAUAACAUCAACAGCUGGUGGUGGUACUUUGACAUUGGAAUUUGGAGUGCUGAGUCGCCUUACUAAUAAUCCUAUUUUUGAACAAGUGACAAAGAAUGCAGUUAGAGGAAUCUGGGCAAGGAGAUCAAAAAUAAACCUUGUUGGUGCUCAUAUUAAUGUAUUUUCGGGUGAAUGGACCCAAAAGGAUGCUGGUAUUGGUACAAGCAUUGAUUCUUUCUACGAGUACCUUUUAAAGGCUUAUUUGUUAUUUGGGGAUGAUGAGUACCUGUUUAUGUUCCAGGAAGCUUACAAGGCUGCUAUGCAUUAUCUGUAUCAUGAUCCUUGGUAUGUUGAAGUGAAUAUGAACUCUGCUGUCACUGUUUGGCCAUUGUUUAACAGCUUGCAGGCGUUCUGGCCUGGGCUUCAGGUUUUGUAUGGUGAUAUUGCUCCUGCGAUACGAACGCAUGCUGCUUUCUUUAGCGUAUGGAAGAGAUACGGAUUCACUCCAGAGGGAUUCAAUCUUGCUUCAUUCAGUAUUCAGUCUGGUCAGAGAAGCUAUCCACUGCGACCAGAGUUGAUAGAAAGUACAUAUUGGUUAUUCAAAGCUACAAGGGACUUUAGAUACCUUGACGCUGGGAGAGAUAUGGUUGCAAGCAUUCAAUAUGGAGCAAGAUGCCCUUGUGGUUAUUGCCAUAUAGCAGACGUUGAGUCCCAUAAACAGGAUGACCACAUGGAGAGCUUUUUCCUUGCAGAGACGGUCAAGUAUCUCUGGCUUCUUUUUGAUUUGGCUGCUGGGCCAGAUAACAUUGUUGAAAAUGGGCCAUAUAAGUAUAUAUUUAACACAGAAGGCCACUUAUUGCCUGCUACUGCUGAAAUAGCUUUAGCAAAUGAACAUUGUUCCUAUCUUGGAGCAUUUUGUAGAGAUGGUGGAGAGAGAGAUGCUUUUACUGGAAUAUCUUCUAGCUACCAAGAAGCAAAUGAUACAAGAAUCACUGAUUCUUGGAUGUCUUCUUCCUCCCCAUCAGAAGCAGAGAACUCCUUCACCACCUCAAGCUUUAUUAAGGGAUUCUGCCCAGCAUUAACGCAUGAUCAAAAAUUUGGCUUUUCAUACACUGCGGACAAACAUGGCACUCACAAUGUUGAGCCGGCUAACCAACAUCAAAGUCAUUCUGCAAUCAUGAUUUCUGAGCCCCUAGUGAUGCACUCGGCGGCCAUAGAUAAGAGUUAUAGUAGUCAAUAUCCUGAGAAUCCUCAUAGAGAAGAGAUAGAGAAGAAUUCUUCAGAUGAGAAGGAUUCCCAGCUUGUUAGAGAACAAAUUCAAACAUGAGUUGCCAAAUUCCUCUCUUCAGUGACAAAUUUCUGUAUUUUUUACCAGUUCAACUCCAUUAGAGACCAGAUCUGCCAAAAGAUGGAUGAAAUUUUUUCCCAAAACAUAGCAAAAAGUCUGAAUCAUGAGAUUUGGAAUUGUCGUCUCUGAUUCUUGGCUCAUAAACAAGUUCCAGAUGUGAUUGUCGGGUCACUCUUUGUGAUGUGAUACAGCCCAGAGAUCAUGGUGAGGAUUCUUAUUGUCUCAGCUUCCAUUGAUGCUACAGUAAUUUUCUUCUUCAUUUUUCCCCACAGUUAAAUUGUAACAUUAAUUAAUUUGUACAUUUAAGGUCAGCUUGUGACAUAAAUAUAGGCUUCGUUUUGGGACGACUUCUUUGUUACGUUCUAAAAUUAUUUUCUAGUACAAAAGUUUCUUGAAUUAGAAAUUUUUGUACUAAAAAAAAGUUUUAUAAAGUAGCAAAAAAAUUAUCCGAAACAGAACCUUAAUCUUUCAUUGAGAAGUACGGUGAGGUCAUUAUUUAAAUGACUAUUGAUUUUGGAAAAUAUUUCCUUUUCAAUAAACAAAAAAUGUUCAAGUUAUC